AUGGCUUCUCAGAUUUUCUGCUCUUCUUCUACUAAAUUUCUCGUUCUUCUUGUAUUUUCAGUCUUGUGCUCUGUAUCCUUUUCUGAUGUUCUUCCUUCUCCAACGGCUCCCGUCUCACCCUCAACCAUAUGCAAGUCCACACCCUAUUAUUCUUUUUGCAAAGCAGUGCUCCCAAGUAAUAAUUCCUCGGCCAAUGUCUAUGACUAUGGUCAGUUUUCCAUCAGAAAGUCCUUGUCACUUGCUCGUAAAAUUUUAUCGUUAAUCCAAAAAACUCUUAGCAACUCUUCCAAAUUGACAAUCACAGCAGUCCGUGCUCUUGAAGAUUGUCUAUUUCUGGCCGAGCUGAACAUUGAUUUUCUAUUAAGUACUUCCAAUUCUGUCAAUACUACCACCAUAACCCUCUCUACAUUGCAAGCCGACGAAGUGCGAACUUUGCUUAGUGCCCUUUUAACCAACUCACAAACUUGUUUAGAUGGUCUUCAAGCUGCAUCUUCGGCUUGGAGUGUAAAUAAUGGUCUCCUUACACCUCUUGCUAAUGAUACAAAGCUGUAUGGUGUUUCUUUAGCAUUGUUCAAGGCUUGGGUCCCUAAAAAGAAAAAAUUACCACCUCACCCUGCUAAGAAACAGUUGGCCUUCAGAAAUGGUAAAUUGCCCUUGAAAAUGUCGAGCAGGAACCAAGCAAUUUACGAGACUGUGAGUAGGAGAAAGCUUCUUCAAGCAGAGAAUGAUUUUGUUCUAGUGAACGACAUUGUGAUCGUGACCCAGAAUGGGUGGGGGAACUUCACAAACAUCAGUGCUGCUGUAGCUGCAGCUCCUACCAACACCAAUGGUACCACUGGCUACUAUCUGAUAUACAUUACUGCCGGUCUGUAUCAAGAAUAUGUAUCCAUUGGCUCGAAACAGAAGUACAUUAUGAUGAUUGGCGACGGUAUCAACCGGACCGUGAUCACCGGCAAUCAUAGCGUUGUUGAUGGGUGGACUACAUUCAAUUCUCCAACAUUUGCUGUGGUAGGACAAGGAUUUGUUGCAGUGAACAUAACGUUUAGGAACACAGCCGGGCCUAUCAAGCAACAGGCCGUGGCAGUUCGAAAUGGGGCCGACUUAUCUACAUUCUACAGCUGCAGCUUUGAAGCGUACCAAGAUACACUCUACACACAUUCUCUCAGGCAAUUCUACAGAGAAUGCGAUAUCUACGGCACAGUGGACUUUAUAUUUGGCAAUGCCGCGGUGGUGUUCCAAAACUGCAACGUUUAUCCGAGGCUGCCAUUGAGCUAUCAGUUCAAUACCAUCACUGCGCAAGGUAAAACUGACCCGAACCAGAACACAGGCACUUCAAUUCAGAACUGUACUAUCCGAGCAGCCAAUGAUUUGGCUUCAAGCAAUAUCUCUAUCCAGACAUACCUAGGAAGACCAUGGAAAGAGUAUUCAACGACCAUUUAUAUGCACUCUUUCAUGGAUAGUCUGAUCAAUCCACUAGGGUGGGCACCAUGGUCUGGAGAUUUUGCGCUAAAUACAUCAUAUUAUGCAGAGUUCAAUAAUUCGGGGCCUGGAUCGAACACUUCUGGUAGAGUGACAUGGCCCGGUUACCACAAUAAUAUUAGUUCCACCAAUGCUACUAAUUACACGGUAGGUACCUUCCUACUGGGGGAUGCUUGGUUACCUGAGACCGGAGUGCCAUAUACAUCAGGCUUGAUAUAA